UCCUUGAGUUCUUAGUUGCCAUUUCACCAGAUGACCCAAAGGUGCAAGAGCUGCAAGGUGAAUUCUUGCUGUCCCUUGGCAAGUUUGAGGAAAGUGCAGAAACCUUCUCCUAUGCACUAAAGAUGUGCGAACAUAUCAGUGUGGAUGAGGCUGUAAGGUUGAAGCCAGCUGAGAACAAGGCCAGGGUUUUAGUUGGUAGAGCAGCGGCCAACUUCUCUGUUGGAGGACGAGCAAGUGAGGUUUGCUGUGAUCUUGGAGAGGCCUUUGCCAUACACCCAGCCACAGCCAGACUGCAGUUCCAGCGUCUGUUCUCAGACAACGGCACUGGCGUGGCAGCCCGCAUCCAGCUCCGCCAGCAGGCCGAGCGAGGGCUCUCGGGCUACCGGGAAACUGCGCUGGCGCGCCCGGAUCUCCGCUCCACCAAAGGGUUGGAGCUCCUGGACCCUGUGAUAGCGCAGCUGCGGACGCUCUGUCACCUGGAGCCGGACGGCGGCGGCCGGGAGCUGCGCGUGCGUCUGGCCGACUGCCUGCUCCUCCACGGGGAGUUCCGGGAAGCCCUGUCCAUCAGCAGCCAGCUGGCGGGCGUGGCGGCGACCCAGCAGAGCUACCAGAACACCGUGCAGGUGCUCCGCGGCUAUGCACGCCUCCUCUCCGACGACCACCAGGGGGCGCUGGAGGACUUCCAGGCGGUGAUGGAGCACAGGGCGCCUCAUCCGUCCAGCUGUGUCCGAGCCCUGUGUGGCAGGGGGCUUCUGCGCAUGAUGGCCGGGUCCCACUACCUGACCGCGCUGGAUUACCUGACCGCGAGCAGGCUGCAGCCCCAGGAGACGGCGUUCACCGUGCGCUGCCUCGUCCCGUGGAACUACCGCGGGCUGCUGUGCACCGUGCUGCUGGAGCAGGGCCGAGCCAUGCUGGAGGACGUCGGGGGCAAAGGCCCAGGCCCUUCUUCACAGCAAGAGCACAAACCAGCCCCGUCAGUACAGGGGAAAGAGUCCCUCCCACUGUCCAAAGACGGGAGCCCAGGAGGAGUGCAUGCUCUGGCUCUGCUCCUGAUGGAGCUGCAGCCGGGCUCGGACGCGCCGCAGAUCCUCACGGCGGACGCCCUGUACCGGCUGGGCCGGGUGGAGGAGGCGUACCGCCUGCUGCUGUCCAUAGAGCACGCCACCACACGCUCCCCCAUCCUCGCACGCCUCGCACUGCUGCAGCUGCACCGGGGCUUUCUGUACGACGCUAACCAGCUGCUGAAAAAGCUGAUCCAGUGUGGCGACACUAGCUGUCUGCGUCCCCUGCUUGCAGUGGCUGCUCCGAAGGAUCGCAUUCUGAUGGAGAAGCACUGCUACACGGCGUCCAAGCGAACCCUGGAGGUCCAGAGGGAGACCAGCACCAUAAGGGAGGCAGUGGCGUAUCUGUCCAUUGCCAUUAUGGCCUCGGGUGGCGAGGCUGUGGAGCCACUGCUGGAGAGGGCCCGGUGCUACGCUUUACUGGGCCAGCGCAAGACCGCCAUCUUUGACUUCACCGCCAUCCUGAAGGAUCACCCAGAGCAUGUGCCAGCCCUCUGUGGGAGAGCGUUCACCCACCUCACUUUGAAUCAACAGAAGGAAUGUACCGCAGACAUACUGGCGGCUCUGCGAGCGAACCCAGAGGCUGUCGCGCAGGAUAUUCUUUCCCUGAAAGACAAGGGACGGAAACUCAUCUGCGAGUGGCUGCUUCAGUUCUGCCAAACAAGUCUCUCGCAAACAGUAGCAGUCAAUCCAGUUCCCUGUUUGGAGAGGCAUCUUCAAGAGGCUUUUUUGGUUGGAGCAGCACUUCUGAGAAUAGAUGGUCGAGACCCUAGGUGGCAUUUGCUUUACAUUGAUACCUUACUUGCUAAAGGUGACGUGCAGGCAGCGGCCGCUCACCUGGGACAGGUGUUUGGGCAGGAGCCCCGGGAGGCCAGUGCCCAGGCCAGGUGGGGGGUGGUGGAGGCUUGGGAGCAGAACUUCAGGGGAGCAGCCCAGAGGCUGGCCAAGGUGGCCGAGAGAGAGCCCUCCACCCUGGACUUCCUGCUUCCUCUCGUCAGCUCUUUGCACAGGAAACACCUCGGACAAGCAGCGUCCCAGGAAGCGAGCAGGGCGACUGAGCAGGGCCAAUGGGAGAGUGCCCUGCCGCUGCUGACCGUGGCGGUGCGGGCCGUGGACGAGCUGAAGCCACAGUACCUCCGCCAGCGAGCCGCUUGCCUCGCCCAGCUGGGCCUGCACGAGAGAGCCGUGCUCGACCUGGACAAGGUCAUCCGAGGUCACGGUGCUGCCACCGGUGUCGUCGGCGUCACAGAGGCCGGGGUGGCCAGGGCGGCAGAGCACGGGCUGUGGGCAGAGGACCUGUGCCGCCGUGGCCACAGCCUGCUGCUGUGCUCCCGAGAGCAGCCGGCCGUGGAGGACUUCUCCAGGGCGCUGGGGCUGCACCGCAGCCAGACGCUGGAGUGCGUGGAGGCCGGGGCGGGGCGGGCCAGGCUGGCCAGGCACUUUCUCCACGCCGCCUCGCGCUGCUACGCUGAGCAGCAGCUGAGCGAGGCCUGGACGCUGACGCAGAGCGGGCUGCAGGUGGACGCUGGCCAUGCCGAGCUGCGCAGGCUCAAGGCUCGCAUCAAGCAGGAGUCCUCCACCUCCUGCAUCGUCCAUUAGAUUAGCUUAAUGUACUGUAGAAAUGUGUGUUGACAAUGAAUGCUGAGAAUAGUCACAAGCACAGCAGUGAGGAAUAGCUUCCCAAUCUUCAGAAGAAAUGGCUCAGUAGGAGUAUACUAUGUUGUUUUUGUGAGAAAUGGGGUUAUAAAUUAAUUAAGAGUUCUGUAAACUUGACAUUUGUGACAAUCAUGAUGUUUGAACCAUUGUCCCAUAAGUGUUUAUGAUUAUAUUUAUACAAAUAAUUAUUCAAAAUAUCUUCUGUCUUCCAUCAUGUGAAUCUAUUUGUGAAUCUAAAAAUCAAAGUAUUUUUUUUCUGUUGUUACAUUGAUUUUUGACUAUUGAUUAUGAGCAGACUAUACUGAAUGUAAAUCAUAAAAUCACAUAUACUCUGUCAAUCUUGUCCAUUUGUUGGAAGACACAUUUGUUAAGAGACAAUGAAGUACAAAAUAAUCCUGUUUGGUACUGUUUUUAUUUGUCAUACUAUGAAUAGAGGAUAUUCAGUACAAAUUAUCAGAAAUUAAUCUUCUAGUUUGAUUGUUAUUCUUGGUAUACUCAUAAAUGAUGAUAACUUGUCUCUAGUUAUUUUUUGUAAUCCAACCACAGACAAGUAAGAUAUUUUCAUUUUCAUUUUUUUUUUUUUUUAAAGAUUAUUUUUUGGGGCUUUUUAUGCCUUUAAUUGGACAGGACAGUAGAGAGUAUGACAGGAAG